AGGGUGAGCGAAUGUAGGGAUGACCCGCCGCCUCUGGCUAAUUCGAUUUCAUUGGAAGAAAGUUCUAAAAAUAUAGGUGUUGAUUCCAAAAAUAGAUCGAGCGUAUCGAGUACAACCAAUGACAGUACAGCUACGCAAGUACCUGCACUGACCCCAGAACGUACUCAGGCUGAGAGUGACGCGUGUGGUAGUAACGAGGGUAGUCGAGGUGCAUUGAAGACUGGAAUACUAUCGAGUGGGAGUAGUGGCCUGACGCCCGCAAGCCUUGGUCGCAAGAGGGGGAUGUCCCUUGAAAGUGGACGGCUAUCGAGCGGCAGUGGGGGUGUCCGGGCGCGUGUGAGUAUGAACCAGGACGUGACAGUCAGUACAGACGGAGGGGGUGCAGGAAACGCAUCAGGCACAGGCAAUAGCGUACAAAGGCUCCAAACAGGAGACACGCACACGCCCACCACACACACAUACUCGGCAGAGGAGAUGUACGAGGACUUCAGCGAUACAAAGGUCGUGGGCACCGUUCGUGUACGGGCACAAAGUGCCACAGAGAGAAACAGCCCGAGACACCUGACCUUCAGAAUGCCUAACAAACGCUGUCCAGAUGGCAGUGUAGGUAGGAAUGGGGCUGAGACGACCACUGACAAGAGUGUGGGUGUGGGUGGGAGUGUGGGCGUGGGUAAGAACGUGGGGGAUAGCUGUCUGGUGAGCGUGAGCACAGAGGCAGCUUUGGACCAGAUACGAGCAUGUAUGCAGAUGCGACACCAGAACGAAACUCAGGACAAAGACGGUCCUACCUAUCGGGGUAAGGGGAACCGUGACACCGGGGGAAUGAGACGGAGACGAAAAAGGGACCGGUUGGAGGGAGGUGAGAGAGGGGUGAUAGGGGGUGAGGAUAAGGCGUGUGGAAGUAGUAGUACACAGACAGCUGGUAGGAAGGAUAAGGGCCUGUGGGCAUGUAUAAUACAGGGGUUGAGCGGCACGGACUGCGAACCGGAUUCAGAGACAUCCUCAGACACAGACUUGGAGACGGAUAUGGAAGGGGAUGGGGAUGUAAAUGAGGGUGGGGAGGAAUACGGGACGACGAAG